AUGCUGGUUGCUAGUCGCCGAGUGUAUCGCUGCUCGCGUGCUGUCGCCGUUGUUCGCUUUGAGAGCAGCAGUAGUCAUGCGCAGACGAAAAAGGUGAAGGUGCACAGCUCAAAUUUGCCCAGCGACGGACCGAGUCUGGGAGACUUCCUGCGCGAAUCGCAGACUAACGAGCACCAGCGAACAGCUGAGGCGGCGAGUGAGCCCAGCGAGAUGAACUUUCCAGUAGCACCAACCACCAUCGUUCGUGCCAUUCUGCUGGAAAGUGGCUACACCUCGGCGCCCGCAGCUGAUGCCGCUGAUGUAGUUCUGCUCAAUACCUGCGCCGUCCGCGAUAAUGCAGAAGCAAAAAUAUGGAACCGGCUCGAGUCGCUCCGACAAGUCAAGGCCAAGCUGCUGCGUUUACAGCACAAGAAGGUACAGACUGUCGGUGUUUUGGGCUGCAUGGCCGAACGACUCAAGAAGAAGCUGCUUGACUCAGACAAGAUGGUGGACCUCGUCGUAGGACCUGACGCCUAUCGUGACAUUCCUAAUCUGCUGCGCGUCGUGCUCGGCAGUGGAGAGGCCGCCGUCAAUGUGCAGCUCUCGCUGGACGAGACGUACGCAGACAUCGCACCUGUGCGCGCAGACCCACACAGUCCUUCAGCCUUCGUGUCAAUUAUGCGUGGCUGUAACAACAUGUGCUCGUAUUGCAUUGUGCCAUUCACACGGGGUCGCGAACGUAGUCGCGUUAUGAACUCGAUUGUUGACGAGGUGCGUGCUCUGAGCGACCAGGGCGUCAAGGAAGUCGUACUACUCGGUCAGAACGUCAACUCGUAUCAUGACAAGAAGUCAGAGGGCGCUGCGGAGAAGGGCCGCGGCUACGUUUCGUCUACCGGCUUCAGCAACAUGUUCCGCUCACGUGACGCACCUGGCUUCCGCUUCGCUGAUCUGCUGGAUAAAGUUUCGCGCGUUGAUCCAGAGAUGCGUCUGCGAUUUACGUCGCCACACCCAAAAGAUUUCCCGAACGAAGUGCUGGAUCUCGUGAACGAACGUCCAAACAUUUGUAAGCAGAUCCACAUGCCCGCUCAAAGUGGAAGCACCACAAUGCUGGAACGAAUGCGUCGUGGCUACUCACGUGAGGCCUACCUGGCGCUCGUGGACAACAUGCGAGCUCGUAUUCCGGGUGUGGCUAUUUCUUCGGAUUUUAUUGCUGGUUUCUGUGGCGAGACGGAGGAAGAACAUGCCGACACGAUCUCGUUGAUGCGCCAGGUGUGCUACGAUCAGGCGUUCAUGUUCGCGUAUUCCGUUCGUGCCCGUACUCACGCAGCACACCGCAUGGAAGAUGACGUUACUCAAGAAGAAAAGCUUCGUCGUCUGCGAGAGGUGAUUGACACUUUCAGCGAGGUAGUGACGCGCAAGAAUCACAUCGAGGACUCUGACCGCCUACACAUUGUGCUCGUUCAGGGUCCGAGCCGUCGCUCGACGGAUGACGACCCGAAGCUUACAGGUCUCACGGACACUAGCAAGCGUUGCGUGUUCUUCAAUCAGAAGAUGCCGGGUUCGCUGCGCGCCUUCACGAAACAGGCAGGCGAGGUGGCUUCCGAGUUUCUGCCUCUGCCCAGCGUUGCAUCCGAGAGCGUUCAUGCUGCUCCGGGCGACUACGUCCUGGUGCGCAUUCGUGAGGCGGGACGCCACACCCUACAUGCUACUCCAGUGGCUCGCACCACUCUACAGGAAGUCGCAGAGAUCGUACCUGCAGGACUGCUCGGUGCCCGACCGCACUCACUGGACGCACUUGAGCUAUAG